UAGCCAAGAGCAAACGAGAAGACAACACAACUAAAUACACGAGCGGCUACAUCGGAAGCAGCACCAGCAGAAGCAGAAAAACAGCGAAGCAAAAGAGAAACGUUGCGAAAGUUUGCAAAUAUUUUGACAUAUAUUUCCCCAUUAAACAGUAUUUGCAAGAAUAUCAAUGGAUUACAAGCCCGUGCCUACGGUUGUGGGAGCCACCCCCUUCGAUGCGGCCGCCGAUGCCCAGACCCUGAGGGCCGCCAUGAAGGGAUUGGGCACAGAUGAGCAGGAAAUCAUCGAUGUCCUCGCCAGCAGAAGCAACGGCCAGCGACAGUUGAUUCGAUCGGUCUACGACACAGAAUUCGAGCGGGAUCUGGUGGAUGACCUGAAGAGCGAGCUGGGGGGCAAGUUCGAGGACGUGAUUGUGGCAAUGAUGAUGCCACCCGUGGAGUACCUGUGCAAGCAGCUGCACUCGGCCAUGGCCGGCAUGGGCACCGAGGAGUCCACACUUGUGGAGAUCCUGUGCACCAAGAGCAACGAGGAAAUGCACCAAAUUGUGGAGGCCUACGAGGACAAGUAUCAGAGGCCGCUGGCCGAGCAGAUGUGCAGCGAGACAUCUGGGUUCUUUCGCCGCCUGCUCACCCUGAUCGUCACUGGUGUGAGGGAUGGACUGAACACACCCGUGGAUGCGGCCGAGGCCAAGGAGCAGGCUAGCCAGCUGUAUGCCGCUGGCGAGGCCAAGCUGGGCACCGACGAGGAGGUUUUCAACCGCAUCAUGUCCCAUGCCAGCUUCCCCCAGCUGCGGCUCGUUUUUGAGGAGUACAAGGAGCUCUCCGGUCAGACCAUCGAGCAGGCCAUCAAGCACGAGAUGGCCGAUGAGCUGCACGAAGCCAUGAUGGCCAUAGUUGAAUGCGUCCAAUCGCCGGCGGCCUUCUUCGCCAAUCGUUUGUACAAGGCCAUGAAUGGAGCUGGCACGGAUGACUCCACCCUCAUACGGAUCAUUGUUUGCCGCUCCGAGAUCGAUCUGGAGACGAUUAAGCAGGAGUUUGAGCGCAUCUACAAUCGCACUCUGCUCAGUGCCGUGGUGGAUGCGGAGACCUCGGGCGACUACAAGCGGGCCCUGACAGCGCUGCUGGGCGGAGCCUAAGCCUGGACGGUGUCCGGUUCAUAUUAGAAUCAUAGCUCGCAAACGACGGUGAACAACUUAGAAAGACACUUUGGUCAAGCGCUCACAGCAAAAGUGUCUUUAGAUGAGC